GGGAAGCCGUCAUUGGCAGUUUCUACAACACUUUUUGAAGCCAUUUCUUGUUUUUCCCGCAUAUUUGUUGAGAAAGCCAUUGUUCAACGAUAUGGUGAGGCUCUGUGAUUUGACAAACAAAUGGGAAAUCACAAAGUUUGUUGGACAUUUGAAGAAAAAAUUAUUACCGUGAUGAGAGUGGUCACACAUGAACUUCAGACCCAUACCCUCCUGAGAUGACAGGGAGUUUGUAGCAGGACAGUCUCACUGGAAAAAUCUACCAAUAACACAAGGGAGGGAAGCCUGACAUAAUUUCAAAAAUGGAAUCAUUUCAAAAUCCUUACGGGGCCACGCUCAACCGCAGCCAAUCGCUGAUGAGUGGCCUGGAGAAGACCCCUCCCACCUGCAACAAGCCCACCCACUCUCGGAGCAGUAGCACUGCCUCUUCCCGUCACUCCCGGAACAUUAAAGAUUGGGAGGUGAUGGACGACCUUCAGGUGGACGUGACGUCAGGUGACAACCCCCCGGACCUGACCAUCCCAGGCAUCUGUGAAGGAUACCUCCUCAAGAGGAGAAAAUGGCCCCUGAAAGGCUGGCACAAGAGGUACUUUGUGUUGGAAACAGGGAUCUUGCGAUAUUCCAAAACCCAACAAGAUAUCACAAGGGGAAAGCUCCAUGGUUCAUUAGAUGUCAGCCUUGCAGUCAUGUCAAUCAACAAGAAAUCCAAUCGUAUCAAUUUGGAUGCAGGAGACAUUCUAUAUCACAUGAAGGCCAAGAGUCAUGACCUGUUCUACAUCUGGGUGACCAAGCUGAGUGCCCACCGCAUGUUCAAGAAGAACGAGGCUGCUCAAGUGCACAAUGGCUUCUUCCAGGCCUUGUCCCAGGGCACCAGUGUGGCUGGACUAGCACAGCGGAACGGCAUGCAGGACGUGUCUUCCUACCAACACUACCAAAGCACUACAGGCUCUUACAUGGGUGAGAUAGCUGCACCAACACUGUCAGAGUUUCCCUCGGUCAACCCUGGGGUGAAUGGGAAGGUGUCAGCCUGGUUACAACAAGACUCAUGACCCAGGACAGCUUCCCAAGAGCUGAACCGUUGUCAGUUGGACCUGUCUGAGCUGAACCGGCUGGUCCAGAGGCUGCAGUCAAUGGAGGGGGGGCAGCAAGCCUUCACCAAUGGAGAGCUGCAGCGCAUCAUCAGCAUGCAGAAUCUUUCCCUUGAGAAACCCAAGAAGUCCAGGUCUGGCAAGAUAUGGGGUCACUCACGCACAAUGUCAAGAGUGGAGGCCCUCGGAAUGCUGUCCUCCAGUCACCUGAACAGCUCUUCCCAACUGGGUGCGUCUGUCCCCUCCCUCCCAGACUAUGUACCCUCCAUCCCAGACUACGUCUGCUCCCAGCUGUCCCCUCCCACCAACACCUCCGCUGAAGGCAAGAAGAUCCAGCAGGACAUCUGUACUUUGUCCCAAAGAGUGCACACGUCCCUCAAGUCUGUGCAUGAGGCCUUGGCCCAGGAGCGUCAGAGACUGCAGGACACUUACCACCAAUCAACCACACUGGCUGAGACUGCAUCUGGGAACCAGUCCCGCCGCACGCCCUCAGUGACAGACUCUGCAGCAGAGUAUUUUGAUGCGAGUGACGACGUCCUGAAUGGGAGCUCCUCUGAGUCUGACGAGUCUGGUCUGAGCGACAGGACCACCAGCAACUCUGAACCUGAGGAGGGCCAUGCUUCGGCCACUCGUGAGUACCGUGCCAGCAUCUCUAAGGCUCCCAACAGCGUCGUGCCCAAGAACACCGGCCGCCGUACCACUCUGCCUGCCCACUGCCCAGAGAAUGCCCAUGUGGGCCUGAUGCAGAUCCUCUACAACAAUAUAGGCAAGGACCUGUCCCGUGUCUCCAUGCCUGCAGCUCUCAACGAGCCCAUCAACCUGAUACAAAGACUGUGUGAGGAGCUGGAGUACUCCGAGCUGCUCGACACUGCCAACAACACACAGGACCCCUACCAGAGGAUGGUCUACAUUGGUGCCUUUGCCAUCUCUGGUUAUGCCACGGCUCACUACCGCAACCGCUACAAGCCCUUUAAUCCACUCCUGGGGGAGACCUAUGAAUGUCUGAGAGAGGACAAGGGCUUCCGCUACAUCAGUGAGCAGGUUUGCCACCAUCCCCCCAUCUCUGCAUGUCACGCAGACUCAGAUAACUUCUCCUUGUGGCAGGACCAGCGGUGGAAGAAUAAGUUCUGGGGAAAGUCACUGGAGAUCAUGCCAACAGGGAUGGUGAACGUCACUCUCCCAAGGUUCGGGGACCACUAUGAGUGGAACAAAGUAGUGACCUGUGUCCAUAAUGUCCUGAGCCAGCAGCGCUACCUGGAGCACUAUGGGGAGGUUAUCAUCCGUAACCUCAACAGCAACGCAUGCACCUGUAAGAUCACCUUUGUCAAGUCCCGCUAUUGGGGGUCGGACACCAACAACAACGAGGUGCAGGGCACUGUGCUGGACCAGACUGGGAGUGUUAUCCACCGGUUUGGGGGGUUGUGGCAUGAGGGCAUCUUCUGUGACACUUUUCCCACUCCGCAGUGUAUCUGGAAGCCAAAUCCCCAGCCCAAGGACUACUACCUGUAUUACGGCUUUUCCAACUUCGCACUGGAGCUGAAUGAGCUCACCCCAGGCUUGAAGCCUCUUCUGCCCCCCACAGACUCACGCCUUCGCCCUGACCAGAGGAUGCUGGAGAAUGGGAGGGUGGAUGAUUGUGAUAAGUUUAAAGAAGAAGUGGAGGACGUGCAGAGGGAGCGGAGGAAACAACUGGCUAAGAAAGGACAAGAGCACAAGCCACGCUUCUUCAAGAAAGCUGUGGAUUCCUCUGGGAGGGAUGUGUGGCUGACCAACGGAACCUAUUGGAAAUUCAGAGAGAACCCGGGGUUUGCUAACACAAACAACCUGGAACUAUGGUGAAGAAACGCACGGGGGCCAUUUGGUGGCCUGAGAGAAUCAAAUGACAAAAAUGACCCAAGUCUGUAUUGAAACCCAGAGGAUACGUGGUGGGAAUUGAUGAAGGCAUGGAUGAAAUGUCCUGAGAAGCCCACCUUCUAUCAUCACCAUCGUAUAUGCACUCCCAAGACAAAGGAAACUUCCAGGAAAGUCUGGAAACUACUUGGAUCCACUGAACAGUCAACAGUGAACAGUCAAGUUGAAAAUAUUUCCCAGAAUUCCCUGAAAGUGUAGCAUCCAUCACCUGAGAAGGAUAAAGAGAGACUUUGUUCAUUUUUCUAAUGCAUUUCUACUGGUACUUGUAUGGUCCACUGCAAUGUAGUUACGAUCAUUCCCUAUUGUUUGUGUACAUUUUUGUUCUUCUAUCAAGAUGCAUUUGCUGUCCAGAGCAGUGUUUCCCAACUCCAGUACUCGAAUACCCCAAAAAUACACAUUUCUGCACACCUGACUCAACUUGUCAACUAAUCAUCAAAGCCCUGAAUGAGUUGAAUCAGGUGAGUUAGUCCGGGGCAACAACAAAAACGUAUGCUGUUUGGAGGACUGGAGGACUCGAGUUGAGAAACACUGUCUAGAGCAGGGGUAUUCAACUCUUGCCCUACGAGGUCCGGAGCUUGCUGGUUUUCUGUUCUACCUGAUAAUUAAU